UUAAAUUUCAUUCAUUGGCCACGUUUCAGUUUGCAAUAAACGGAGCAGCCGAAGAGCGGCAUUGACGGCCGCACCGGAGGCAGAGCAAACUUCUCCCUCUCCCUCUGUCUCUCUGUGUGAAGCUCGACCCCAUUAUCCUCGCCACCACACAACGUUAACCAACCGCCUUCCUUAUAGAGCAAUGGUCUCAUCCGAGGUUCAACCCAGAACUAACAGAUUCUUGCUCUGCUUUCGCCCGGUCGUCAUGGACCCCAGCUCCGUCCACCCCGGAGCGCCCCCCGAUGACGCCGUCUCCUCCGGCGAGCCCGUUUUCGCUUACUUUUCCGUCGGCAAUAAGGACAGGGCGGUUCUUCCCACGAUUAUCUCGGCCUUGUCGGACGACGGUGGCGAAACGGGUCGCCGGAAGAAGAGCGCUGACCGGAAGUUUUCGCGUAUUGUUAAAGCGGUAUUGUUUGAGAAGUCUUUGGUGAAGAAGCUCCGAAACAGGAAAUCGCAACAAAAUUCAAGCCGAUCGAACGGCUCUCUGUCAUCCAAAUUUCACAGAGUCUUCAACUCGUUCAGCGAAAGAACAGCCCACCAACAACACCCUUCAGAAAAUGACGACCAAAGGGUCCAUUCAAAAUCAUCUUCACUUCCUUUGAAUUCUUCCCCGACAGCCAUUCCAACGCCAACAUGCUCUUCUUCCCCAAGCACUCCUCCUUCAGAUUCAAGGCCUUUCACGGAACCCAAGAGAACGCAUCGGUCACAUUCAAUCCAGUCUAGACACAGGCACAGCAGUUGUGAAGAAGGGUCGCGAAAUGACUCAACAUCUGCUUUGUUUUUGCUGGCGGUGAGCCUUUUGGUUUUGGUGUGUUGGGGUAAGAUUUGUGCCAUCGUGUGCACUUCCACAUGGCUGUUCUUCGUCCCUCGUCGGCGCGACUUGCCGGAAAAUGGGAAGGAGACGCCGGUGGUGGACUCGGUGGAGUACAAGAAGAGGGUGAUCAUGGAAGGGCUGCUGGAGAGGACCCGGAACAGGGGAUGACUAAUUGUGAACGAGGAACAAUUUUUUUUUCUUUUUUAGUUUUUUUGCUUAGUUUGAUGACGACGAACAACAUGGGUGUUUGUAGCUUUAGUGAAUUUGCCUUGUAAGUAUUAUAUGUUUAGAAGGGAUCCGUUUUUUGACAUGUAUUUUGUUUUUUUGACGGGAUGAGCUGAAUGAAAGAUCAGACAGUGGAUUUAUGGUA